GAGUGGUAAGGCGUUAAGAGAAGUAGAAAACAUCCUGUUGAAAAUGAAAGUAAAAAUGUGAGGCUUGUGGUCUGAAGAGACUUCGGUGAAUUUCCGGUGUGUGUGUGUAACUGACGACUACAUAAAAUACUACCCUUAGUCCAACGCUCACAUUCGGGCUUACUCUUUGUUCCAGAACAACAACCCAGUCAUGGGAGGUGGAGAGUCCACAACUGGAGCAGCUCCUCCAUUUCUCGGCAGACCAUGGAGUGACAUACUGUGGGAAGACAGAUCCAGCGCUCUGCAGUAUGUGAAGGACUACAAACCUCAGACUGAAGGCCAGCAGCUCAGGAUUCUUCUUUACGGACCGGUUGGAGCUGGAAAGUCCAGUUUCAUCAACUCUGUCCAAAGUGUCUUACAAGGCCGAAUGUACACGCAAGCUUUGGCGGACAACACCUCUUACGAGUGUUUCACCAAAAGGUACGCAACCUGCAAGAUCCCAAAAGGAAGUCCAAAGACGUUUUACCCUUUUGUCUUAAAUGAAAUCAUGGGACUGUAUCCACACAAAGGUGUCCUUGUGGAUGACGUCAAACUGGCUAUGGUGGGACAUAUGAAGGAUGGUUACACGUUCGAUUCUGAAUCAACGUUGUCGGACCUUAGGCCUAAUGCUUUCUACAACGAACAUCCAACUGACAACGACAAAGUGCACGUUCUGGUUUGUGUUGUUCCUGCCAACACAGUUUCUCUAAUGAGACCCGAAACUGUGCAGAAGAUUCGGGAAAUCAGGAUGGAAGCCACUAAACUGGGGAUUCCUCAAGUGGCCAUUCUCACCAAGAUUGACCAGGCCUGUCCUGAAAUCAAAGACGAUUUAAAGAAGGUCUACAAGCUCAAGUACCUGAAGGAAAAGAUGGAGGAGUUCAGUGCAGAUGUGGGUAUUCCCAUGAACUGUAUCUACCUUGUGAAGAACUACCAUGAAGAAAUCAACCUCAACAGUGACGUUGACUCACUGAUCCUGAGCUCACUGAAAUCCAUCAUCAACUUUGGAGAUGACUUCAUCAAUUUCCGCAAGACCAUGGGAGCUGAUCCGUCCAAUUUUGAAGCAGGCCCUCAAUUACUUGGCAAACCAUGGAGGGUCAUAAAGUGGGAAGACAGAUCCAGCGCUCUGCAGGAUGUGAAGAACUACAAACCUCAGACUGAAGGCCAGCAGCUCAGGAUUCUUCUUCACGGACCGGUUGGAGCUGGAAAGUCCAGUUUCAUCAACUCUGUCCAAAGUGUCUUACAAGGCCGAAUGUACACGCAUGCUUUGGUGGAUAACACCUCUGGCCACUCUUUCACCAGAAGGUACACAACCUACAAAAUCCCAAAAGGAAAUCCAAAGAUCUUUUACCCUUUUGUCUUCAAUGACAUCAUGGGCCUGGAUCCAACCAAAGGUGUCCUUGUGAAAGACGUCAAACUGGCUAUGAUGGGACAUAUGAAGGACGGUUACACGUUCAAUCCUGAAUCACCGUUGACCGACCUUAGGCCUAAUGCUUUCUACAACGAAAUUCCAACUGACAACGACAAAGUGCACGUUCUGGUUUGUGUUGUUCCUGCCAACACAGUUUCUCAAGUGAGAGAUGAAACUGUGCAGAAGAUUCGGAAAAUCAGGAUGGAAGCCACUAAACUGGGGAUUCCUCAAGUGGCCAUUCUCACCAAGAUUGACGAGGCCUGUCCUGAAAUCAAAGACGAUUUAAAGAACGUCUACAAGCUCAAGUACCUGAAGGAAAAGAUGCAGCAGUUCAGUGCAGAUGUGGGUAUUCCCAUGAACUGCAUCUUUCCUGUGAAGAACUACCAUGAAGAAAUCGACCUCAACAGUGAUGUUGAUUCACUGAUCCUGAGCUCACUGAAAUCCAUCGUCAACUUCGGAGAUGACGGCAUCAACUUCUGCAACAGUCAGCCUGAAGCUUCAGUCACAUCUGCUUGAUUGCAGCAUAAAAACGUAUUUCAUGCUGUCAAAAUAGCAAUCUGCAACAUUAACCAGCACAAUUUCUAACACAAUCUUCUACAUGAUUUCUUUGCUUAUUUGUUUGUAUGUGUUAUAGCUUUAAAGCCCCCAGAAACCUGGCUCAAAUCAUCAGUGUUUCUUAGUAAAUAUUCAUGAAUUAAAAACGUUUGUCAGUGUGAUGCAAAAAUGCAGUGCGGAAAUCGGUGCAAAUUAUCCACGUUGCCGUGUUCCAUUUUUCGUCAAUGAGCCAAAAACACUGAAUUUCUUAGUUAAGUACACAAUACAUAAACUAAUCUGACCCCAAAUGGGAUGCUAACGUUAGCUGUUGUGACUAGCCCUGUUCCAUGACCAAAAUAAUGUUAGCAAGUGCAUAUCAGGUAUAUUACCAUCUUCAUCGUAUCCCAGCUGCUGGUUGAUGUCAAACCAUACAUUGUCCUUUAUUUGGUUGUUGAGGUAGUAGUGUUUGUCGUACAUUACUGGGUGUUGAGAAGUGGACGGCCCAUUGUUAUUUGAAAACACCAAUAGUCCGAAAAAUGUCCCAUUGGACUGUAAAAACUCAUUUGUCCAACAGUCCGCUACCCAGAAAAACAAACUCCCAUGUUCCAAGGCCCCAAAAAUACACACUCUCCAUGCAGCAAACGGAAGCGUAUGGCUAAUUGUUAUGCCGAAUGACUGCAAUCAGUUGGAACAAAGGAUUUCAUUGGUCAAACAUGUAUUUCCGCGGACAGAAAUCUACUAAAAUCGAGGUCCGUCCAUAUAUUUUUUCUCUCACACGAAUGUUCCACAGGGUUCCGCAAGCAUUCAUAAGAACCCACAAAAUCUGUUUUUAUAAUUUUCUGUGCAAUUUUUUCGGACAAAAAUCCGUGCUUGUGCUCAUGUUCCGUCAUUCAUAAUUAGAAGCUGAUUGAGAAAAUAUGUUUUCAGGGCUUUUAAUUUAAUGUAGAAAUCCCUCAAUCCAACAGUGUCUCCAUCAACUCAUGUUGAUUAUCCCAUUAACAAUCAACAUUGUUGAAACCCACAAAACAUAAUAUUAAUUUCUUUCUCUUUUUUUGCGUUUAGUAGAUAGUAGUACAGCCGAAGAUAGACAGUAAAGUGGGGAGAGAGGGGACGUUCUGCAGCAAAGAGAUGCCCCACUUUAUAUUAAUUUCUAAUAGAGAUCCAAAAGAUACCAAAUAUUUUAAGUCUUGUAUUGUAAUAUUGCACAAAUGUCACCACCAUGUAGCUUCAAUGAACAGCUGCAACACAAUAAAUCUUGCUUUUCUAACCCUCUAA